AUGGCCGAAGCGACCUCCACCCCGCGCAUCACGGCGCAGUAUCUCGACAACUACGUCGGUCGCAACGUCAUGCUCAUUGGCAAGGUCUUGCAGCUGCGCGGUGACUCUGCUGUUCUUGAUGCCGAUGGAAACGUCACUGCUAUUCUCAACCGUGAUGUCCACCUCACCAAUGGCAACGGUGCUCAGAUUAUCGGCAAGGUCAACCCGGAUCUGUCCAUCAAAGUCCUUACCUCCCGCGAUUUGGGAGCCGAUGUUGACUACCAGCUCGCCGCGGCCGUGCCGUCCGGGCGCGUGUACGGGCGCAACCAGGUCACCAAUCCCGCACCCAGUCAUCACGCGCACGCGCACACUCCGCCCCGAGCUCCCGUGACCCGGCCGGCGACGACGACUACCCUCGCCACCACCACCACGGCGAACCCCAGCCAGCUACAACGACAGCAGCAGCAGCAGCAACAGACACCGCCUACCACUCAACGUCGACCCCCGCGAUAUAUCCCGCCCACGCCAACUCCACCUUCCCCCGACCUGACGCGGCAUCGAUCAACUACCCCUAUUUCAUUAACUCACCCCCCGUCACCGCAGACCCAAAAGCGUUACUCUUCCACCUUCCAGGCAUUUCAACCUCAACAACCCCAAAAGUAUGAUCCAGACCAUGGACAAUCGCCCAACGCGAAUCAAAAUAAGAAAACAAGUAUUCCCUAUCGCCCUUCUCGCACAGCAGCUCUACCUCCGACGCCGCCGUCACCAGACAAGGUCUCACGAUCGACUUUUGCCCCGUCCACAUCAAACUCAACCUCCAUCUCUAAGCAGCCACAGAUCAAGGCUUCUUCUGAGAGCUCCAGUAGGACCGUUAAAGCCAGAGAAGGACGGGAGGCUGAAGAGAGCAGGCCUCGUCGGCAGAAGUUAAGACCAAAGGAGUCGGAAGUGGUGGAAGUCAAGCAGGUUGCCGACGACGAUUCGGAGCUCUUGGGCGCUAUCCUGGACGGCAUCGGACGUAUGGCCGUUGGCACUGUCGCUAUGCGAAUGGACGAUGCAGGGCGGUGGAGGAUCCGCCGUGACCCGGGAGAGGAAAGUGAUUAG